AUGAAAUUCGAAUAUCGUCUUAUUGCUCAUCUUGUUACUGACGUUCCUGGAACAAGCAAUGUCUUUUGGGGUGGAAGGGUCGUUUAUAACAACUCUGCUAAAAUAGCUUUGGGCGUUUCUCCUGAUUUACUCGAGACUUAUGGUGCCGUGUCUCAAGAAGUCGCUCUUUCCCUAGCUGAAAAUGGACUUUUUGAAUUACAAAAAUUCUCGAAUCAAGAUAACCGUUUGAUUUGCAUUGCUACCACCGGUAUUGCUGACCCUAGAGAAGAAAGCUCUCAAAAACUUGGUGGACUAUGCUGGAUAGGGAUAGCCUCAACUGCUCAUCCUCCAUUUGCUGUGCGAGUUGAAGCUUCUCCUCACCAUUCAAGAGAAGAAACAAAACUUGAAUUUGCAAUGAAAGCAUUUGAACUAAUUAAAGGAAGUCUUGAAUUAAAUGUUAAUUAUGUUACUUUAGAGAGAGUGAAACUUUGA